UGUGACUCCAUGACUCACUUCUUACCAUCAUCCCCGAUCCUCUUUUCGUUGUUCCGAACCAUAUGGAGUUAGUAUUCCCGUACCCUGCACAAGCAUUAACUUGUUUUGGUCAUAGCCGGAGUUCUGGAAAGAGGGGUAGAUUGGUACGGCUCGAUUCACUACCACAACAACCUCUUAAAUCUAAGAGGUGUGCAAGGAAGCCUCCAUCCUCUCCACAAAGUCCAUCACUGUCACAUUCAGUUCACUUUCAUUUUACUCCAAUGGCUAGCAAAGAAGAUAUUGAGAACAUUCACAAGUCCAUCGAGGCACUUUCUACCAUGAUGCAAACCCUCACUACUAAGGUCACUACCAUGGAACAAAACAAUGCCACUAUUGUUGCAGUGGAAAAGGUGAAAGAAAAGGUGAGCAAGAAUUCUGAAGAUCUCACCUACGUGGAACAACCUUCCACUACUUUGGCUGUGAAGGAUAAGCUCCCUGAAUAGUUCUCCACUGCAGACAUACCAAAUUUCAAACCUACUGACAAUCCAAUGUUCCAUUUGAAGGCUUUCUCUACAACCAUGGCUCUUAAAGGAUUAGAGGUGGCACUCUUCUCUACAGUGUUACCUCUCUAUUUGGAGUAUGCUUGCCAACAAUGGUUUUAUUCUCUAUAUUUCAAGUAUACUACAAUUUGGGAAGAUGUCACUGAAAGUUUCAGGAAUCAUUACAAGUGUAACAUUCAAGUUUGAACUUUUGAACGUGAGCUCUCCAUCCUCAAACAGAAAGAAAAUGAAGGGUUCACCACCUAUCUGAGUAGGUGGAGAGAAACAGCUGCACAAAUAGUGGAGCCACCAUGGUUCAUCUCUUUAUCCUUAAUUUGAAUCAUAAGUACAUGCCACAUCUUAGAUUCCUUCCAUUGAACACUUUCAAAGCUGUAUACGAUAUUAGCAUUAACAUUGAGGACGAGCUAAUAAAGACCGCUAGUAGUAGUAACAAUAAUAACACUUGGAAAAAAAAAGGAACAACCCUUCCUUCUUCUAUGCCUUCUAAGCCCGAAAAAUACGACUAACAAUGUAAGCAAGUACCAUCUCAAUGAAGUUCUAGCUCUUGAUGCUCCCCUUCCAAAGAAAAGGAGAACUUACACUCCUUUAGGGAUGACUUAUGAUGUUGCCUUUAAUCGCCUCUACAAUCAAGGUCUGAUUACACCCAUUGGACCAUUCCUAGAGCCGAAACCUGAGGAAAGGAGUGCCAAGUGGAAUCCCAAUUCCCAUAGCAAGUUCCAUCAAGGAAGGGGCCACACUACUGAGCAAUGUUGGAAUUUGAAGAUUGUUAUUCAAGAUCUAGUGGAUGCCAACAAACUUCUUGUCCCUCCAGGUGGCAAGAAGCGACAAGCAGCAAUGAAGACAAGGCCAAGAUGAGCACUUUUGUGCAAGAUUUCAUGAUAUUAUUUCUUUUUAUCAUUCAUUUUACUUUUCCCCUCUUUAUGUCUAGCAUAGGUUAUUUCAUUCCCAGACUCUAUUGUGUUUUAUGUAAUCUGUUUAUUCACCUUUUCAUCAAUAAAAUGAGCAUUUUUUCCUUUUAUAUCUCGAUCAUGCCACUCUUCAACAAAAAAAAGAAAAAAAAAAUCAAUUGCCGAACCAAACACAAGGUUUGCCGAUGAUUCGAGGCACCCUUUGCAGCCCUUUAUCUCCCAAUAAACCAUUCAAAUACAUAGUCCAUUAUUUCAAUAACCAUUUUGAGCCUCGCCCAAUGAUUGGCCUUCAUUUCUUCAACCCACAUUCACCUAACCUU